AUGGUUUUCGUGCGAUUUAGAAAGCUUUGUGUAUUGUUGCAAACUCAAACUUAUUUGAUCAAAGCACGCUUGGGAGACGAUAAAAAUCCGGUUAUCUUCUCGCAUACAUUCGAAGUACUGUUUUUCAAAAUUGAAUUAUUUCAACUUCACUUGGGCUCCCUCGAGAAAAAAGAUUUUCUGCGUGAACAGUUUAUGAACCACUCUAGCCCAGAUGAAGCUUUCUCUCAGGACGGCGGCAGAACACAAUCUUUUCCCCAUCCGUUUCCACCGGAAACAUCUGACGGUCUUGAUCAAUUUGUCAGUGAGCUACCAAAAACGUGCCCGGCACAGCGCAAGUGGCCUGCCAACCCUGUUCUGGAAUCGGAGGCUAGCGUCGAACCUGAAUUGCGCAAAUCGAAUUUGCUCUCAGAGGCCGCCGAUGUGAUCAUUUCCACACAACAAGAGCAACACGACAAGGCACAGAAGACACAGUCCCCUACUUUGCGACAUCCCUGGGCAUUGGCACCAUUGGCACAACUUGAGCACGAUCCGGACCUCACAUUACCACGGACGAAAAAAUUGAACAAGCAGGAAGCCACGACCACAGGAAUGCAACGUGCGUCGGUCGAGGCGGACCCCUCGAUGACUGAACGUCCAUGUGCAACAGUGACCACGAAGCAUUCACAACCGAUUUCCCCAGGACGCGAGAAACCCAAAAUUCUCGACUUACGUCGCACCACCCCUAGACAACUCAAACAACAUCACCACAAACAAGGCGGAACUGAUGCCAAAGUGUCCAAUUCACUGACAAAUGUGAAUGAGAAAUACAAAACUGUGCCCACUCCCGACUCGGCUACCAAAUCGAAUCCGAGCGAGCUCGCCUCAUCACUGAUUCGGACAGCCAGUUUACACUUGCGGUCCACUUGGUCUAAACUGAAGCGUUCCAACAGUGGACAUUCGACCAAAUCGCAAUCGAACAGUUCGACGAGUUUACGUGAACGUCGAUGCUCUGACCCGUCUACUCGGGGUUUACCAUUUGAGAGUGAAGAGAUGGGCCCCGGUAAACAACCGAAUCAUCAUCAUCAACAAUAUCCCCAUGCGCAUCAGCAGCAACAAAAUUACCAACACCUAACAAAAGAUGAUGAUUGGGGCAAAUCACAGGUAGUUACAGUCCCACCUAGAGUCUCUAGUUUAAAGGGGCCUCCACCGAGAACCACCAGUCCUUCCACAACCCCUCAAACUCGUCAUCGUGUGGCCAGUGCCCCAGAUGAAUCACCACCCCCGCCACCUGGAUGUAGCAAAUGGUCAACACGUUUGGAUCCUCCACCCCCAGUGUCAAACGGUCGACCGAUUGCGCAUACCCAGGGCCCUGUUGUGUUUAAACAUAUUCAACGAAACCGAAGUUCCGAUCUCUCACCCUCGGAUAGUGACAAGUCCAAGUCUGGAGGUCAAGCCAUUUCUCGAGUGGAAUGGAAGCCUUCCGGUCAUGGAUUAGGUGCAACCACAUUUAGUUCGCUCCCGACAGGUAAUUCGGAUGACUUGAAUUUGUUAUCUGACGACUGUGUAGAUGUAGGUGAGUUGGGACGAAUCAACUUCCGAACCGGCAGUUUUAUGGGCCGAUAUCCACAAUCCCGGGGUGGAGGUCAAACUGUCCGGUAUCCGCAAAUCACCGGUCCUGUGAGCACACAGGUACACCAUAGACAUGUACAACAGGCCAGCACCACACCGAGUCGUUUAUCCCCAUCUCGGCCGUUGUAUCUUUCCCCGCCCUAUCUGGCGCAAUCCUCAGGGAAUACCACACGCUCCGCUCCUUCACCUAGUCUUUCCUCAAUGACUUCCACAUCGGGUCCAGUUGUUCCAGAGCCAGUUGUACACAGAAGUAAACAAAUGUCCGGUUCUCGGAUUCCUAACAAAACUCAACAGAACCGAGCACAUGAUGUAACAUCACCAUCGACCUCUCUCAUGCCAAAUUCCACGAUACCCGGUUCAACGAACGCGGCUUCCUUCCUCGAAUUGGAUCCGGUUCUAGCUCGACUGCUAUCUGAUGUGUCCAGUCUGGAUGAAUAUCGUUCAGCUCUUCGGCCUCAGGGUAAUUAG